GGUCACACUUCUACGUGAAGUUAUCGAUGUUUAUAUCGAAUUUGGCGCCCUCCGUUGGAAUUUAAACUUUAUAAAAUUUUAUUCGAAAAUAUAAGUGCUUUAAGCAAUAAGCGCGAAGCAGCGAAUAUCUCUAUCCUGUUGUUUGGGUUGUGAUAUUUAGUGCAUUUACUUUUUGCUUUUCCUUGAACCAUUCAUGCGAUCUAGAUUGAGAGACGUUCUUACAAUUAUAUUGUGUGUAUUGUAUAUUAAUCCAGACAAAAUGUAGUAUCAAUAAAUAAAAUCGAACGACGCUGGCAGCGACAUCGACUAGUCCAGCCCUAUAUAAGCUCGUCGAAAAGCACUUGAAAACAAAUUCGAUCCGAAUCUCAAUUGAUUAGUACAUCAAAGAAAACGAGCACCCCGAAAACUACUGAAAAUGAUGCAGAUCAAGUUCCUCUUCACCUUCCUCGCUCUUCUGUUGCUGGUCGUCCUGGGCGCCAAGGAAGCCGAUGCCGACUGCCUGUCCGGAAGGUACAGAGGUCCCUGUGCCGUCUGGGACAACGAGACCUGCAGGCGGGUUUGCCGGGAGGAGGGACGAGGACGAGUGAGUGGUCACUGCAGUGCCAGGCUGCAAUGCUGGUGCGAAGGAUGCUAAACUUCCCCGAAACUGGAUCACUUCUAUGAACUCAGCAUGAAUUUGUAUCAAUCCCAAAAUCCAAUUUCCUAAUUAUUCACAUUUAUUGAAAAUAAAAUCAAGUCAAG